CCUGCCCGCGCUGCGCGACAUGGCGGCGCUCUGAGGGCUGCGGGUCCCGGCCUCCAUCGCUGCCCGGCCUCCAUCGCUCGCUUCCUCCGCCAUGAGGAACUUGCGGCUGCUGCGGGCCGGUGGGUGCCGCUCCACCGCCGCCACGGGCACCCCGCAGUGCUUCUGCCUCGGCGCCGAGCCCGGCGUGGUUCUCGUGGGCUCCCAGUACGGGCUCGUGGAGCUGCGCCCCGCCGGGGACUCGGUGUCAAGAGAGGUCUCCCUGACUGUGGAUGGGUUCUUGCCUGAAGAUGGAAGUGGCUGCAUUGUGGGUGUCGAAGAUCUUCCAGAGCAGGAGAGUGUGUGUGUUGCUACAGCAGCUGGAGACAUCCUCCUCUGCAAUCUGAGCACGAAACAGGUGGAAUGUGUUGGAAGUGUGGACAGCGGUCUGAGUAUCAUGAGCUGGAGUCCUGACCAAGAGCUUGUUUUGCUUGCAACAGGUCAGCAGACACUCAUCAUGAUGACAAGGGAUUUUGAGCCAAUUACUGAGAAGCAAAUCCACCAAGAUGAGUUUGGAGAAGGAAAGUUUGUUGCUCUUGGCUGGGGUAAAAAGGAGACACAGUUCCAUGGAUCAGAAGGAAAACAGGCAGCACAUCGCAAACAGACGGAGGUGUUGCCAGCAUCAGCCUGGGAUGAUGGCAGGCCUCGGGUGACGUGGAGAGGAGACGGGCAGUUUGUUGCAGUGAGUGCUGUCUGUCCAGAGACAGGUGCUCGGAAGGUCCGGGUAUGGAGCAGAGAGCUUGUGCUGCAGUCAACAAGUGAGCCUGUCUCGGGAUUAGAACAAGCACUGUCAUGGAAGCCCUCAGGAAAUCUGAUAGCAUCUACACAAGAAAAACCCAACAGACAUGAUGUGGUUUUUCUGGAAAAGAAUGGACUUCUUCAUGGAGAGUUCACCCUUCCUUUCCAAAAAGGGCAUGUCAAAGUUAAUGAAAUGCUUUGGAAUGCAGAUUCUACAAUCUUGGCUAUAUGGCUGGAGGACCUGAAGGCGGAAAACUCAAACCCAAACACUUAUGUUCAGCUGUGGACCACAGGGAACUAUCACUGGUACCUGAAGCAAAGUCUACACUUCGGUAGCUUGAAGGAGAAUCAGUUGGUUUCACUGCAAUGGGACCGAGAGAGCUUGUACAGACUACAUAUACUCUGCCAGGACUGGCGUUACCUCUUCUACGACUGGAAUUGGACUACAGACCAUGGGCUCGGGGAGAAUAGUCAACAUAUGGCAAAUGUGGCUGUUAUAGAUGGAGAUAAAGUGCUUGUCACAGCCUUCCAGCAUGCUGUGGUGCCUCCACCCAUGUGUACCUAUGAGCUCCACCUCCAACAGGCAGUUAAUCAGGUUGCAUUUCACACAGAUCCCAAACAUAGUGGGGACAUGGCUGUCCUGGAUGCUGAUAACAGGAUCUCUGUAUACAGAUAUGGGCAGAGUACAGCGAAUGACCCUUCUGUCAAGUUUGGAGCUGUGGGAGGAAAUGGCUUUAAAGCAGCUGUGGAAACACCAUACUUGGAUAAAACCUACAGAGUUUAUGUGAGCAGCAGCAGCAAUGAAGUGAUCAAUCCUCUGGGGCUCCGAUUUCUCACCUGGCUGCCAGAUGACAGCUUCCUGGUUGUUGGUCAAGGUCAGCAUGCUGCUCAGUCCGUCCUUCACCAUCUGACUGCAGUGCCUCACGUGGCUGGAGCUGAAGAAGAAUGCCUGAAUUUACGGUUGUCAGUGCCUGUUGAUGGAGAAGUGAUCAGCCUGUACUGCAGCCCAGUGACCAGAACUGUAGCUCUGCAGCUGACUGAUAGACGGAUCCUAAAAUACAUGUGGGAGGCUUCUACUCCAGUCCUUGAGCCCUGGUGGAGUAGCAGUAGCUCUGCUGUGCAGUUCCCCUACCGUUGUGUGCAGAUUUCCAUCACGAGGAUCAGUGGUGAAGAGGUGAUCUUGGGCCUCACGGAUCGAUGCCGGUUUUUUGUUAAUGAUGUUGAGGUUGCUUCUAACAUUACAUCAUUUGCAACAUACAAUGAGUUUUUGUUGGUGACAACCAACUCACAUACCUGUCAGUGCUUCUGCUUGAAGAACUUAACAGUGAAGGCCCUCCAGGCUGGCCUGAGCAGUGCUGCUGCACCCAACAGUGAGACCCUGCGCAAGGUGGAGCGAGGCUCACGUAUCGUCACCGUUGUUCCCCUGGACACAAAGGUUGUGCUACAGAUGCCAAGAGGAAAUCUGGAGACCAUUCACCACCGUGCUCUGGUUCUUGCCCAGAUUCGCAAGUGGCUAGACAGGCUUAUGUUCAAGGAAGCUUUUCAGUGUAUGAGGAAGCUGCGAAUCAACCUCAAUCUUCUCUACGACCACAAUCCCAAGGUAUUUCUGGAAAACACAGAAACCUUUAUCAGGCAAAUAGAUUCUGUGAACUAUAUCAACUUGUUUUUCACAGAACUGAAAGAAGAAGAUUUCACAAAGAGUAUGUACCCAUCUCUGAAUGGUAGCAAUAACAGCCAGCCACACCAGCAUCCUGAUGAGAAAAAAGUAAACCUCAUAUGUGAUGUGAUGAGAGUUGCCAUGGAACACAUUGACCCUCAAAAAUACUGCCUAUCGAUACUGACAUCACAUGUAAAGAAAAGUCCUCCAGAACUAGAAAUUGCUCUCCAGAAGGUUCAUGAUCUUCGAGAAAGCAGUACGCCAGAUGUCCAAGCUGUGAGUGCAGAAGAAGCACUAAAGUACCUGCUUUUCCUUGUGGAUGUCAAUGAAUUGUACGAUUAUUCCUUGGGGACGUAUGACUUUGAUUUAGUCGUCAUGGUGGCAGAAAAGUCUCAAAAGGACCCAAAAGAAUACUUACCCUUCUUAAAUACCCUUCGGAAAAUGGAAACCAAUUAUCAACGAUAUACAAUAGACAGACACUUGAAGAGAUACACAAAAGCUCUUGGCCACCUCUGCAAAUGUGGUCCUGAACACUUCUCUGAAUUUCUGAACUUGGUGAAGGAUCAGAACCUGUAUUCUGAGGCCUUGAAGCUGUACCCCUCUAGCACUCAGGAGUACAAGGAUAUCAGUGAUGCAUAUGGGGAGUACCUGAUUCAGAAGCAGCUGUAUGAACAGGCUGCAUUGAUAUUUGCUCGUGCUGGCAUCUUUGCAAAAGCACUUGAUGCUUUUCAGACCAGUGGCAGCUGGCAGCAAGCCCUGUGCAUGGCAUCACAACUUGGUUACACAAAGGAUAAGCUGUCCAGCCUGGCACGGAGCAUGGCAGGAAAACUAGUUGAACAGAGAAAGUACGCAGAGGCAGCCAUACUCCUGGAGCAGUACACUCAGGACUAUGAGGAGGCUGUUCUCCUGCUUUUAGAAGGGGCUCUUUGGGAAGAGGCUUUGAGGCUGAUUCACAAGUAUAGUAGACUGGAUAUCUUAGAGACCAACUUAAAACCUGCUAUUUUGGAAGCUCAGAAGAGUCAGCUGAUCUUCCUAGAUUCCCAGAAAACAGCAUUUCUUCGCCAUAAGAGUCGCCUGCAAGUGGUGCGAGAGCUGAAGGGGAAGGCCUGUGAGAACCUGCAGGAUUAUGAAGUGCCAAAUUGCCCAGAAUUGGAGCUUUUCUCUGAAACCAGCAGUGUUGUGACAGCCAGUGACAUGAACAGCAAAUACUCACACAGCAAUUCAAGAAUAUCAGCGCGAUCCUCAAAGAACCGACGCAAGGCGGAGCGUAAGAGAUACAGCCUGAAGGAGGGGAGUCCUUUUGAGGAUAUUGCCCUUCUGGAAAUCCUGGGAGAGAGUGUUCGUGCUGUUGAGACUGUGAAAGGAGAGAUACACAUCCUUCUGAAGCAGCUUGUGCUCUUUGGUUAUGAUGAGCAAGCUGGGGCACUGCAGAAAGUCCUGGAAGAGGUUUUGCAGUUGAUGGAGACCUCAGUCUCAGAAAUCUGGACUUCAGACCUGCAACAGAGCUCUGUCAGCCUGGUCUUGGGACCCAAUUCAACUGCAAACAGCAUUAUGGCUGCCUAUCAGCAAAAGAGGAUGGUGCCUCCAGUUGUACAAGAUCCAGAAGUACUGACUCCACCAAAAUUCAAUAAAAAUCUACAGUGGAAACUGCAUCUUCUCCAGUAACCAGAAGCCAAGGAAUUCCUCUGGACUCUGAACUCUUAACUUUUCACUUAAUUUCAUUAUAUCUUUGCAGAA